CGCACCGGCUACACCAGCCGCCGGUGGAACCCAUUAACAAGCAGAAGAAGCUUCCCAUUAUCUUCUUCCUCUUCUUCUCGUUCUCCAUUUUUUUUUUCUUCAAAAUUCAGAUUCCCAAUUGGGAAAAUAAUAUAUCUUGGGAAACAUUCAGAGGAAAAAGCCACUUCACUUUCAUUUUCCACUGGGCUCUGCUUCUUCCACAUGAAACGGACAAUGAAGUAGUUACCGUUUCGGAAUCAAAACGACGCCGCAGAAUGCUGCGCAGGAAAAGCUCCAAAAACGGCGUCGGUUCGGGGGGAUCGGUGCCGGUGUACCUCAACGUCUACGAUCUGACACCCAUCAACGGUUACGCUUACUGGUUCGGUCUCGGAGUGUACCAUUCCGGCGUGCAAGUUUACGGUGUUGAGUUCGCGUUCGGGGCUCACGAAUAUUCGUCGACGGGGAUAUUUGAAGGGGAACCGAAGAGGUGUGAAGGGUUCACUUUCAGAAAAACGAUACUAAUCGGAAAGACGAGUAUGGGUCCCGGUGAGGUUAGAGCGGUGAUGGAAGAGCUUGCUUCUGAGUACAAAGGGAAUGCUUACAAUCUCAUCACUAAGAACUGUAACCAUUUUUGCAACGAUGCUUGUCUUAGGCUCACUGGGAAUCCUAUUCCUAGUUGGGUCAAUCGUCUUGCUCGAAUUGGUAAGUAUGCAGGAUUUUUGUGCAAUUGUGUUCUUCCUGUGACUUUGAACUCAACUAAAGUUAGGCAUCACAGGAUAGAAGAGAAGCAAUGUGAAGGAGAAAAGCAAGCAUUAACCAAAGAACCCAACAAGCUUAUUGGUUCAAAUUCAACAUCUUCAACCUCAACUUCAUCUUCCCCUGCUUCUACCUCUGGGGUACGCAGAGGAAGGAGUAGAACUAGACGUGCCCUUGCCCCGUCUUCACCUUUGAUUGUUGGGUCUUCACCAUCUUGAUU